AUGGACCCCGCCCAAACCCCGGUCGCAGAAGCGCCUGCGCCCGAAGUCGAACCACAACACCAGGACCAGCUCCCGGAAACCCAACAAGAGACUCAAGAGCCUCACGCCGAGCUAGAUCAACUCGAUCACACAUCGCAAGAUAUCUCACAAACUUCGGAGACCGAGACUCCAACCAUCAUCCCAAGCGCCGCUUCAGAAGAACCUACCCUCCCCUCCUCCAGCUUCCACAACGGCUACAGCAGCGACUCGCGAGCACACUAUGAAUAUCAUACUCCGGCCCAAGACCCUCUAACUCAACUUCCGACGUCCUCGAGACCGAGCUCCGGGUUAUCAGUCACCCAGAAACAACAACCGACGCAGUCAACAAAGAACAGCGUGGUGAUCAAGGUCGGCAUGGUGGGAGAUGCACAAAUCGGAAAAACGAGUUUGAUGGUAAAAUAUGUUGAAGGGAGCUGGGACGAGGAUUACAUUCAAACGCUGGGCGUGAACUUCAUGGAAAAAACGAUUUCGAUCCGGAAUACGGAGAUCACUUUCUCGAUUUGGGAUUUGGGUGGUCAGCGCGAGUUCGUCAACAUGCUUCCGCUUGUCUGUAACGAUGCUGUCGCUAUCCUUUUCAUGUUCGACCUUACCCGCAAGAGUACUCUAAACUCGAUCAAGGAGUGGUACCGACAAGGCCGUGGCUUCAACAAGACGGCGAUUCCGUUCCUCGUUGGUACCAAGUACGACCACUUUGUUAACUUUCCUCGGGAAGACCAAGAGGAGAUCUCAAUUCAGGCCAAACGCUUUGCCAAGGCAAUGAAAGCCAGCUUGAUCUUCAGCAGUACUAGCCACAGCAUCAAUGUGCAGAAGAUCUUCAAAAUCGUCCUCGCCAAGGCUUUUGAUCUAAAAUGCACAAUCCCCGAGAUUGAAAAUAUCGGCGAGCCUCUACUGCUUUAUAAGAACGUCUAG